AGGAACGGCAACUCAGACGUGAGGUGAUAAAAAAGACAAGGCUGGGAAGAGAUAACUCUUCUGUGCGUUCUGUAUUACAUUUCAGUAUUGAAAGUUAUAUAAAGUGGCAAUACAUUUUUUAGCAGAAAAUCUGACCAGCCCUGUUAUUUAUUUUAUCUUCUGUAUCACAAGGAAAAAAUAGUCUACUUCAGCAGCUUAUAUAUGUUUGAGUUAUGAAAAGUUGUAUGUAAAGACGGUAGAAACAUGCUUGAAACAGAACCAUGGACAUGAUUCAAUGGUUAACUUAUUUCCUAAAUAAAUGAGAAAGGAAACAGGUUGCUGCAAGCUUCUGCUCUCACUUCCUUAUGAGAUAAGACAUAGACGCUGUCUCAGAAAGAACGGGGCUGUUGUGCACGCUCAUCUCGGGCAAUCAUGGGUAACUGGGUGGAGAAUGAAGGACUGUCCAUCUUCGUCGUUAUUGUGUGGCUGGGCUUAAAUGUCUUCCUCUUUUGGUGGUACUAUCUUGUAUAUGAUGUCCCACCAAAAUUCUUCUACACCAGAGUACUCCUUGGUCGUGCUUUGGCUCUGGCAAGGGCCCCUGCAGCUUGUCUGAACUUCAAUUGCAUGCUGAUUCUGCUGCCAGUAUGUCGAAACUUGCUCUCCUUCCUCAGAGGAUCAAGUGCGUGCUGCUCUACCCGUGUCAGACGACAGCUGGACAGGAACCUCACCUUUCACAAAAUGGUGGCAUGGAUGAUUGCACUUCAUACUGCAAUUCACACCAUCGCACACUUAUUCAAUGUAGAGUGGAGUGUGCAAGCCCGUGUUGAAGGGGGAGGAACUCUGGCAGGUGUGCUUUCUAGACUUGGUGAUAAAGAAAAUGAAAGCUAUAUCAACUUUUUUAGAAAAAAUAUUGGGAAUCCUGUGGGGGGCCUAUAUGUGGCUUUCACGUACUUGGCUGGUCUCACUGGCGUUAUCAUCACACUGGCCCUCAUAUUAAUCAUCACGUCAUCCACCAAAACCAUCCGAAGGUCGUAUUUCGAAGUAUUUUGGUACACCCACCAUCUCUUUGUCAUCUUCUUUAUUGGCCUUGUCAUCCAUGGUGCUGGGCGUAUUGUACGGGGGCAGACAGCUCAGAGUCUGGCUGAACAUAAUCCAGAGAUUUGCUACAAGAACUUCACUCACUGGGGAAAGAAGGGGGCUUGCCCAAUCCCCCAGUUUUCAGGGAAUCCUCCUAUGACAUGGAAGUGGGUAGUAGGUCCCAUGGUUUUGUACCUGUGUGAGAGGUUGGUGCGGUUUUGGAGGUCACAGCAGAAGGUUGUUAUCACAAAGGUGGUCAUUCAUCCCUUCAAGACAAUUGAGCUCCAGAUGAUGAAGAAGGGCUUCAAGAUGGAGGUCGGGCAAUACAUUUUUGUCAAAUGUCCAGCAGUGUCUAAACUGGAAUGGCAUCCAUUUACACUAACCUCUGCUCCAGAAGAGGAUUACUUCAGCAUUCACGUCCGUAUUGUAGGGGACUGGACAGAGGGAUUGUUCAACGCCUGUGGAUGCGAUAAGCAAGAAUUCCAGGAGGCAUGGAAGUUGCCCAAGAUAGCUGUGGAUGGCCCCUUUGGAACAGCAAGUGAGGACGUAUUCAGUUAUGAAACUGUUAUGCUUGUUGGAGCUGGAAUAGGGGUCACCCCCUUUGCAUCUGUACUCAAGUCUGUCUGGUACAAAUACUGCCACGAUGCGACCAACCUGAAACUCAAAAAGAUCUAUUUUUACUGGCUUUGCAGGGACACUCAUGCCUUUGAAUGGUUUGCUGACCUCUUGCAGUCUCUGGAGGCUCAAAUGCAGGAGAGGAAUAAUGCAGACUUUCUCAGCUAUAACAUCUACCUUACAGGCUGGGAUGAAUCUCAGGCUACUCACUUUGUAGUGCAUCAUGAAGAAGAGAAAGAUGUGAUUACAGGCCUUAAACAGAAAACCUUGUAUGGGAGACCUAACUGGGAAAAUGAGUUCAAAACUAUUGCGGGGCAGCAUCCUGGCUCCAGAAUAGGUGUUUUUCUCUGCGGACCUGAGGGCCUGGCUGACACACUCAACAAGCAGAGCAUCAGCAACUCAGAAGCUGACCCACGAGGAGUACACUUCAUUUUUAACAAGGAAAACUUCUAACUCCCAAAACACGUGGGAGUCAUUCAAUACGAAGUCUAAAGACUGGAUCUCUUUUUUCUAUUUGGAGCCUGGGAAGGACAGCUGAGCUUCUAAUCUCAGCUACACUAACGCAAAUCCCUUUGCUUCUUGGGAAUGAUUUUGGCGCUGUGGUAGAGCAAAAGAGUCGAGUUUUACCUUAGGGAAGUGUGCACUGCCCUCCCCAUGCUGGCAAUUUAGCAGAAAUCUGUUUUCUUUGUCUGUGUGAGGGGAUUUCCCCUCAAUUAACUGCCUUUGUCUUCCUGUUAUUCGUAAUGACUGCUGAAGGGUCUAGGCAGCCAUACGCUUUUGGGAGCCAAUUCACACUGAAAAAGCUUAAUGCUAUUAAACAAUAAAGCGUUCUAGCAUAAUGCUUGCUAUUAGGAGACAGCUUAUCCCGGCUACAGCCAGUCCCUGGAGCGAGGAGAGGUUGGGGAAGGGUGACUGGGAAAGAUUGUUCCUUACAAGAGGAAAUCUCCUUUGCGCACCCGCAUCUUUCAGGCUUCUGAAUACAAGCAUAAAUGUCUUGUCCAAGAGAUAGCACAGGCAGCUGAAAAGCAGCCGUUCCUCCUUAGGAAAGGAGAGAACUGGAAAGGAACCACCUGGAUUUCUGAGCGCCACCCCCACCCCAGCUGCUGGGGGGUGACGAGGACGGAGUCAAACCAAGUCCUGCACCUGACAUGUGAGCCAUCGCUCGGCUGCUUCGAACACUCUCAGUUUCACAUCUUCAAAUUCAUGGUGCAGGGAUCCAAACAAGAGGUUUUGUGUUUUCAAGACUGCCAUUUCUGAUUUUCAAGGCUGAAAAACCUUGUUGCCAAAUGAUUUAAUGGGUAUUUUCUGCAGCAUUCUUAAAUGCAUACAGUGCUUUUGGCUCUAUUGUUCAGCUGUUCCUUUUUGAUGGUCAAACAGGUUUGAGAAAGCAAAGAUCAUGUGGUCAGUAUCUGGAAUAGCUAUGAAUAAAGUUUCUGAUGCGUACAAGACA